AACGCUGCCACCCCGAAGAUGAGGCUUGCAAUGACAUCUGCGUUAGCAGCGCGUUAGGAGAAGUUACCAUUCCGCAGGGAAACUGUUGCUAUACCUCCGCGGAACUGGAGUAAACUUCACAUGGCGUCUCUGGCCAGCGCAGAGCGACGUGCGUUCGCUCUGAAGAUCAACAGACACUCGUCUGCUGAGAUCAGGAGACACUUUGGUGGGACGUACGGCUCCCCUCAGGUCUCCACGCAACACAGUCAUCAUGGCUCCAACGCAUCUGCCUCCAUGUGCUUCACCGUGCCCCAGUCGUAUGACGCAGUGGAGCCCUUGGACUUGGAGGAGUUUCUGAUGUCACAGCUGCAGAGCGGAGACGCCGCCCUCAUGCGGGAGCUCGGAGAUUUCCCUGACGACGACCUGGAAGUAGAACAUGUGGAGAAGGAGUGUCGGACCGUACACCACUCUGUACCCGAUGAGGGGGUGGAGUUGGAUUUCCAUGUGAGGGACUGUGUUCAGAGUUACACCCAGCCCUGGCUGAUGGUCAGCAGGAGGUGCCAGGGAGAUGGUUGGAGUGCAUAUUCCGAGCGGGCAAGUCUACACAAAACUCUGCAGAAACAGACUUUUGAAUCCGACCUCCAGCCAGAGAAACAAGAGACACGGGUGAAGUCCCCCUCCCUGGCGGUACUGAGUGAUGACUCCGGCAGGACCCUGACGACCUCUGACUUUGACCUCCGCUCUGGUCUGACCCCUGACCCCAGAGUGGACGGGCUACUGCGCUUCAGUAACCAUGAUGACCUGGACAGGUUCAACCUGGAAGCCCGGCAGGGGAACCGCCACGCAGACCUGUUCGCCUUGUACCCACCCACCGACGAGGAUGAUGCAGUGGAGAUCCGGCCUAUUCCCGACUGUCCCAAAGAGCACAUGGGAGACAGGAUCAUCAUCCGGUGCCAGGCCAUCAGGUUUGAGAUUGAUGUGGAACCACUGUUUGCCACCCUGGCUCUGUACGACCUGAGAGAGAAGAAAAAGAUAUCCGAGAACUUCUACUGUGAUCUGAACUCGGAUCAGUUUAAAGGGUUUCUGAAACCCCACACACCACAGACGGACCACUCCACCCUCUCCCGAGCAGCCAUCUUCUCAAUCACAUACCCCUCCCCAGAUAUCUACCUGGUCAUCAAGAUAGAGAAGGUGCUGCAGCAGGGGGAGAUCAGUGACUGUGCUGAACCGUACAUGGUCAUGAAGGAGAGUGACUCAGCGAAGAAUAAGGAGAAGUUGGAGAAGCUGCGCAGCCAGUCAGAGACGUUCUGUCAGAGACUGGGUCGCUACCGUAUGCCUUUCGCCUGGGCCACGGUCAACAUCAUGAACGUCAUCAGCACCGCCACGCUGGACCGGGACACCACCGACUCUGACAGCCUCAAUGGUAAAUCUAGCAGUCUGGAUAAGAGAGGCCAGCUGCCCAGGAGGAACUCUGAGAGGUUCGCUACCAUGGAAGACCAGUGUAACAUGUCAGCCUUCAAACCUGCUACCAUCACCAUCAGCACCUUCUGCAAGCAGGAAGGGGACCGUCUGAGUGAUGAGGACUUGUUCAAGUUCCUGGCAGACAUCAAGAAGUUCUCAUCCCUGCAGAGAAGAAUUAAAACCAUAUCAGGUAUGAUUAAACUGGAUGUGACCCCGGUCCAUGACAACCCAAUGGCAUGUCUCUCUGCUGAGCUGAUCCCAGUCAAACCAGUGGCUGAGAAGAACCUGAGACCUAUCAAAGAGGUGUUGGAGUUCCCUUCCAGCGAGGUUUAUGUUCCCCACAGCACUUACAGGAACCUGUUCUAUGUGUACCCCCAGCGGCUCAACUUUGUCAACAGGCUGACUUCAGCAAGGAACAUCACCAUUAAAAUCCAAUUUAUGAGUGGAGAAGACCCAAGCUGCGUGCUGCCUGUCAUUUUUGGAAAAUCAAAUGGUCCUGAGUUUGUGCAAGAAGUAUACACCCCAGUCACGUACCAUAACAAGUCCCCAGACUUCUAUGAGGAGGUGAAGAUAGCUCUGCCUGCCAGGCUGACUGAGAGACACCACCUUUUGUUUACCUUCUACCACAUCAGCUGUCAACAGAAACAGAACCAGACAGCCACCAGUGAGACAUUCAUAGGAUUCUCUUGGCUGCCUAUACUGAGUUGUGACAGAUUACAGACCGGUCAGUAUUGCCUUCCUAUCGCCCUGGACAGACUGCCUGUCAACUACUCACUGCACUCACCUGAGAAAAUUCCCCCUCAGGUCCCUCCAGUCAGGUGGAUGGAGAGCCACAAAGGAGUGUUCAACCUGGAGAUACAGGCUGUGUCCUCUGUACACACACAGGAUAACCACUUGGAGCGUUUCUUCACGUUGUGCCACGCCCUGAAGGGCGGAGCGACGUUCCCACUCCGAGUUCGGGAAGAGAAGAUUCCGGAGAACAAGCUGGAGCACGAGCUGAAGCUGAGCAUCAUCUCCCUGCCCUCCUCCAGACUAGAACCUCUGGUCCUCUACCUCCACCUGGUCUUAGAUCAACUCUUCACCCUCAUCAUGCAGCCCAUGGUCAUCGCUGGACAGAUAGCCAACCUAGCCCAGAUAGCUUUUGAGUCGGUGGUGUCCAUCGUCAACAGUCUCCACAACAGCCAGGAGCUGGCCAGGGACCAGCAGGGUAGGAACGGUCUCCUAGCAACAUACCUGUACUGGGUGUUCCGCCUGGCCGACUCUCCCCGGGAUCUCCUCAACACAGGUCCAGAUGGGGUGUUACCUCCCACUGAGGGCCGCUACAGUACUAUGGGGCGGGCCUCGGCCUCCACAGUAGGAGCCAUGUUACUGCAGUCUCGGCUCCGCAGCAGCAGCAACCCUGAUAUCCCUGCUCCACACAGUGCAGAGGACACAGAGGUCAAAAACAUCCUGUCAGCUAAGGGCUACAACAACCCAGGCUGUCGCAUGUCCACCUAUGUGGAUUCGAGCAGCCACCCUCAGAGGUCUACAGGCGGGACCCGGCCCUCCAACAGAAAGCAGUUCCAUGAAGAGUUGGCUCUACAGAUGGUGGUCAGCACGGGAGUCUGCAGAGAGAACGUAUACAAAUACGCCUGGUUCUUCUUUGAACUGCUGGUGAAGAGCAUGGCCCAGCAUGUGUCUCAGCUGGAGAAGCAGGACGUCCCUCGCAGGAGCCGCUUCUCAGACCGCUUCAAAGAUGACAUCGCCACCGUCGUCUCUGUGGUUACCGCCGAGAUCGGGACCAUCCUGGUCAAACAGCAGAAGGAGAUGGAGCAGGCAGAGAAGGUCAACAUCAGCCUUGCCUUCUUCCUGUAUGACCUGCUGUCUCUCAUGGACCGAGGCUUCGUCUUCAUCCUGGUCAAAAACUACUGCAACCAGAUGUCGGCAAAGAGCAUUUCCAUGCCAACCAUGAUCGGUAUACGAUUGGAGUUCCUGCGUAUCCUGUGCAGUCAUGAGCACUACCUCAACCUCAGCCUUUACUUCAGUAGUCCCGUCUCCGCACCCGCCUCCCCAUGCCCAUCCAUCUCCUCACAGAGCUCCAGUUCAUGUAGUUUCCAGGAGCAGAGGGUCCUGGGUCUGUUUGAUCUGUCCCAGGAGUUUAAACAGCAGCACUACCUUACUGGUCUACUGCUCACCGAGCUCAGCGCUGCACUGGACAUGGAGUCAGAGGGGUCAGUAGACACACACAGGGGUAAGGUCCAGAUGAAGGCCAUCAACGCCACCUACAGUCUGCUGUGUGCCCAUGACCUGGACCAGCGCUGUGCCCAGCCUGAGGUCAGGGCCAAGGUGGCCACUCUCUACCUCCCCCUGGUGGGCAUCAUCAUUGACUCCAUCAACUACCUGGACUUCACAGUGUCCGAGGCUCGCGGAGGGAAGAACAAGACGGGUGGAUCAGACGAAGACCCCGACAACGUCACGCCCAUCAAUCAGUCUAUUGCCAUGGCGAUCGCCGGCAACCCCUUCAACACCUUGGCGAGGAAUGCCCUGCCUUCCAUGGCGUCUGUGUCUGGUAAAGCGGUGGCCACCUUGUCAGCAGAGACCAGUCGUAACCUGCUGCUGUGUUUCCUGUGGGUGAUGAAGAACGCUGAGAGGAGUCUGAUCCAGCGCUGGACUGUCGACAUGCCCUCAGCACAGCUCAACAGACUGCUAGAACUACUCACCAUCUGUGUUUCCUGCUUUGAGUAUAGGGGGAAGCAGAGCAGUGAUAAGGUGAGCACCCAGGCCUUACAGAAGUCCCAGCAGGCCAAGAUGCAGCUGGAGGACUCCCUACUGAGGGGCAUCGGAGCACGGGGGGAAAUGAUGCGCCGGGUUGGAGGAAGUGACCGCGCAGGUCAGAGAGAGAACCUACGCUGGAGGAAAGACCUGACGCAGUGGAGGCAGACCAACGACAGACAAGACAAAACGAAAGCAGAGCUGGACCAGGAGGCUCUAAUCAGUGGGAAUCUGGCUACUGAGUCCAACCUCAUUGUCCUGGACCUACUGGAGACCAUAGUACAGGCUGUUCCGUUGGCUGACUGUAAGGACAGUGUAGUGGGCGGAGUACUGAGGGUGUUGCUACACUGUCUCACCUGUAACCAGAGUACAACCUUCCUGUCUCACUGCUUCAGCACGCUUCGAGCGCUCAUCGUCAAGUUUGGUGACCUGUUGUUUGAAGAGGAAGCCGAGCAGUGUGCCGACCUGUGUCAGAAGGUGCUCCAGUACUGUAGCAGUCAUGAGGGUGGAAACAGAAGCCAGGCCUGCGCUACCCUAUACCUCAUCAUGAGAUGCAGCUUCAGCUCGGCCAACAACUUCUCCCGGGUGAAGAUGCAGGUGACCAUGUCUCUAGCCUCUCUGGUGGGGAAGUCCGAUGACUUCCACGAGGAGUACCUCCGCAGGUCCCUCCGCACCAUACUGGCCUAUGCCGAGGAGGACACAGAGAUGCAGAACACACCUCUUCCCUCGCAGGUUGAUGAGCUGCUGAGGAACCUGAACAGUAUCCUGUCAGACACGGUGAAGAUGAGAGAGUUCCAAGAAGACCCAGAGAUGCUCAUGGACCUCAUGUAUAGGAUAGCAAAGGGUUACCAGACGUCGCCUGACCUGAGGUUGACCUGGCUGCAGAACAUGGCGGAGAAACACAAGAACAGGAAGUGUUUUACAGAGUCGGCCAUGUGUCUGGUCCACGCUGCGGCCCUGGUGGCUGAAUACCUCAGCAUGCUGGAGGACCACAAAUACCUACCUGUGGGCAGUGUCACCUUUCAGAACAUCUCUCCCAACGUGCUGGAGGAGUCGGCAGUGUCCGAUGACGUCCUGUCCCCAGACGAAGAUGGAGUCUGCUCGGGGAGAUACUUCACCACUGGUGGGCUGGUGGUCCUACUGGAGCAGGCAGCAGAACUCUUCAGCCAGGGUGGUCUUUAUGAGGCAGUGAAUGAGGUGUACAAGAUCGUUAUGCCUAUCCUGGAGGCUCACAGAGAUUUCCGGGAGCUGGGCUCCGCUCACCACAAACUCCAGAGAGCCUUCGAGAACAUCAUUCAGAAGGGCCAUAAGAGAAUGUUUGGGACAUAUUUCCGAGUGGGAUUUUAUGGGGCCAGGUUUGGAGACCUGGACGAACGAGAGUUUGUUUACAAGGAGCCAGGGAUCACCCACCUGCCAGAGAUAUCCCACAGACUGGAGAACUUCUACAGUCAGUGUUUUGGAGACGCCCUGGAGAUGAUCAAAGACUCCAAAGGCAUAGACAGGAGCAAACUGGAUGCUAACAAGGCCUACAUCCAGAUCACCUAUGUGGAGCCCUUCUUUGACGAUUAUGAGAUGAAAAACCGCCUGACCAACUUUGAGAAGAACUUCAACCUGCGCCGCUUCAUGUACACCACGCCCUUCACCAAGGCCGGGCGGCCGCGCGGCGAGCUCAAUGAGCAGUACAAGAGGAAGACCAUCCUCACCACCAUGCACGCCUUUCCCUACGUCAAGACACGCAUCAACGUCAUCCAGAAAGAAGAGUUUGACCUGACUCCCAUUGAGGUGGCCAUUGAGGACAUGCAGAAGAAGACCAGGGAGCUAGCAGUAGCCACACACAGGGAGCAGCCCGAUGCUAAGAUGCUCCAGAUGCUUCUACAGGGCUCUGUGGGAGCCACUGUCAACCAGGGACCAUUGGAGGUGGCCCAGGUCUUUCUGAAUGAGAUCCCAGCGGACCCCAAGCUCUUCCGUCACCACAACAAACUGCGCCUGUGUUUCAAAGAGUUCAUAAUGAGGUGUGGCGAGGCUGUGGAGAAGAACAAGCACCUGAUCACGAUGGACCAGAAGGAGUACCAGCAGGAGCUGAAGAAGAACUACAACCGUCUGAGAGAGAACCUGCGGCCCAUGCUGGAGAGGAAGAUACCCGAGCUCUACAAACCCAUCAUCAAACCACGCUUGGAGAACAGAGAUUCCAUCAAACGGCUCAGUUUCCGCAGAACCCUGGAGGAAAACUCCUGAGAAGGACAGAUUUAUCUAUCUGAGAGAAUCUCCAGAGGCCGGAGAAGUAAGGAUGUUGUAAAAGUAGAAAAGGAGGCGAAGAAGAGAAGGGAGCUAGCAGUCCUCAUUCACCAUGGAAGAGCAGUACACACAUGAUUACACAAUGGAGGACUUACAAUCAUGUCUGAAUCAACACAACAUUGCAAUACAUUGUCAUUGCUUGUUGUUUCUUUUUUUUCUUCUUUUUUUACAAGAAGCACAAAUACAUUGUGUGAGACCAUAAUGAGCACAUUACGUAGCAGGUAAUGUGCAAUAUUGAGCAAAUUUGGCAUUUAUCCGUUUUUUUUACAUUGCUAGUUCUCCUGAGUUCUAUGAUUACUGUGAGUCCUAACGAUGCUGCAAACUGCUGUGGGUUUGAGAAAGAAGGGUAAAAGUCCCACAUUAUAGUCCUUGCAGGGCCAGGGACUGUGUGUGUGUGUGUGUGUGUGUGUGUGUGUGUGUGUGCGCGUGCGUGCGCGUGCCCGUGCACCACAAUACAAGGGAACAUGUUUUCUUUUUGUAAGUGUCCUGAUAAGGAAUGCUUGAAAUCUGACUCAUACUAAAUGACUGAUGAUAAAUCACUCUGUUCUCUGCAAAAGUCCUCCUGGACUUGCACUUGUAUGUGUGCAACUCUAUAGACUCUCACACUGUAAAAAUAGAACUCUCCAGUUAACUCGUAAUGCUAUAUUUGAUAUAUAUUUAGUGUACAAAACAUUAAUAUUGAGAUGCACCCCAUUUUGCCCUCAGAACAUCCUGAGGGCAAAAUUCGUCGGGGCUAGAAGGUGUCGAAAGCCUUUCGCAGGGAUGCUGGCCCAUGUUGACCACAAUGAUUCCCACAGAUGUGUCAAGUUGGCUGGAUGUCCUUUGGAUGGUGGACCGUUCUUGAUACACACGGGAAACUGUUGAGGGUGAAACACCCUGCAGCGUUGCAGUUCUUGGCGCACAAAUGUUCAAAGGCAUUUAAAAAAUGUGUCUUGACCAUUCACCCUCUGAAUGGCACACAUACACAAUCAUGUACACUGAUUGAAGUGGAUUUAAUAAGUGACAUCCAUAAGGGACCAUAGACUGAUAAAUUAAAUCCAGGUAAAAGCUAUGUCAUGGACAGAGUUCCAAGUGUUUUGUACACACUCCGUAUAUAUAUACAGUGCCAGUCAAAAGUUUGGACAUGACAAUUCAUUCAAGGGUUUUUCCUUUAAAAAAAACUAUUUUCUAUAUUGUAGAAUAAUAGUGAAGACAUCAAAACUAUGAAAUCACACAUAUGGAAUCAUGUAAAAACCAAAAAACUGUUAAACAAAUCAAAUAUAUUUUAGAUUCUUCAAAUUAGCCACCCUGAUGACAGCUUUGCACACUUUUGGCAUUCUCUCAACCAGCUUCACCUGGAAUGCUUUUCCAAAAGUUUUGAAGGAGUUCCCACAUAUGCUGAGCACCUGUUGGCUGCUUUUCCUUCACUCUGUGGUCCAACUCAUCCCAAUCCAUCUCAAAUGGGUUGAGGUCGGGUAAUUGUGGAGGCCAGGUUAUCUGGUGCAGUACUCGCAUCACUCUCCUUCUUUGUCAAAUAGCCCUUACACAGCCUGGAGGUGUGUUUGGGGUCAUUGUCCUGUUGAAUAACAAAUGAUAGUUCCACGAAGCGCAAAACAGAUGGUAUGGCGUAUCGCUGCAGAAUGCUGUGGUAGCCAUGCUGGUCAAGUAUGAAUUCUAAAUAAAUCACAGAGAGUGUCAUCAGCAAAGCACCAUCACACCACCUCCUCCAUGCUUCACGUGGGAACCACACAUGCGGAGAACAUCUGUUCACCUACUUACAAAGACACGGCGGUUGGAACCAAAAAUCUCAAAUUUGGACUCAUCAGACCAAAAGACAAAUUUUCACCGGUCUAAUGCCCAUUGCUCGUGUUUCUUGGCCCAAGCAAGUCUCUUCUUCUUAUUGGUGUCCUUUUGUAGUGGUUUCUUUGCAGCAAUUUGACCAUGAAGGCCUGAUCCAAGCAGUCUCCUCUGUGCAAUUAAUGUUGAGAUGCGUCUGUUACUUGAACUCUAUAAAGCGUUUAUUUGGGCUGCAAUUUCUGAGGUAACUCUGGGUCUUUCUUUCCUGUGGGGGUCCUCAUGAGAGCCAGUUUCAUCAUAGCACUUGAUGGUUUUUGCGACUGCACUUGAAGAAACUUUCAAAAUUCUUGAAAUGUUCCAGAUUGACUGACCUUCAUGUCUUAGAAAUGACAGUCCAUCAUUAAUAUUUGCUUAUUUGAGCUGUUCUUGCCAUAAUAUGGACUUGGUCUUUUACUAAAUAGGGGUAUCUUCUGUAUACCACCCCGACCUUGUCACAACACAACUGAUUGGCUCAAAUGCAUUAAGAAGGAAAGAAAUUCCACAACUUUACUUUUAACAAGGCACACCUGUUAAUUGAAAUGCAUUCCAGAUGACUACCUCAUUAAGCUGGUUGAGAGAAUGCCAAGAGUGUGCAAAGCUGUCAUCAAGGCAAAGGAUGGCUGCUUUGAAAAAUAUCAAAUCUAAAAUAUAUUUUUACUUUAUUUAACUUUUUUUGGUUACUACAUGAUUCCAUAUGUGCUAUUUCAUAGUUUUUGAUGUCUUCGCUAUUAUUCUACGAUGUAGAAGACAGUAAAAAUAAAGAAAAACCCUGGAAUGAGUAGGUGUGUCCAAACUUUUGACUGGUACUAUAUACAGUUGAAGUCGGAAGUUUACAUACACUUAGAUUGGAGUCAUUAAAAUUUGUUUUUCAACAACUACAAAUUUCUUGUAAACAAACUAUAGUUUUGGCAAGUUGGUUAGGACAUCUACUUUGUGCAUGACACAAGUAAUUUUUCCAACAAUUGUUUACAGACAGAUUAUUUCACUUAUAAUUCACUGUAUCACAAUUCCAGUGGGUCAGAAUUUUACGUACACUAAGUUGACUGUGCCUUUUAAACAGUUUGGAAAAUUCCAGAAAAUGAUGUCAUGGUUUUAGAAACUUCUGACAGACAUAAUUUGAGUCAAUUGGAUGUAUUUCAAGGCCUACCUUUAAACCCAGUGUCUAUUUUCUUGACAUCAUGGAAAAUCUAAAGAAAUCAGCCAAGACCUCAGAAAAAAAAUCAUAGACCUCCACAAGUCUGGUUCAUCCUUGGGAGCAAUUUCCAAAUGCCUGAAGGUACCACAUUCAUCUGUACAAACAAUAGUACGCAAGUAUAAACACCAUGAGACCAUGCAGCCAUCAUACCGCUCAGGAAGAUGAACAUACUUUGGUGCGAAAAGUGCAAAUCAAUGCCAGAACAACAGCAAAGGACCUUGUGAAUUUGCUGGAGGAAACGGGUACAAAAAUAUGUGUAUCCACAGUAAAAUGAGUCCUAUAUGGACAUAACCUGAAAGGCCGCACAGCAAGGAAGAAGCCACUGCUCCAAAACAGCCAUAAAAAUGCCAGACUAUGGUUUGCAACUGCACAUGUGGACAAAGAUUGUACUUGUUGGAGAAAUGUCCUCUGGUCUGAUGAAACAAAAACAGAACUAUUUGGCCAUAAUGACCAUUGUUAUGUUUGGAGGAAAAAGCAAGCCGAAGAACACCAUCCCAAUUGUGGCAGACUGAUGCACUUCAUAAAAUAGAUGGCAUCAUGAGGAUGGAAAAUGAUGUGGAUAUAUUGAAGCAACAUCUCAAGGCAUCAGACAGGAAGUUAAAGCUUGGUUGCAAAUGGGUCUUCCAAAUGGACAAUGACCCCAAGCAUACUUGCAAAGUUGUGUCAAAAUGGCUUAAUUAAGGACAACAAGUCAAUAAUAGAAAAUGUGUGGGCGGAACUGAAAAAGCGUGUGUGAGCAAGGAGGCCUUCAAACCUGAAUCAGUUACACUAGCUCUGUCAGGAGAAAUGGGCCAAAAUUCACCCAACUUAUUGUGGGAAGCUUGUGGAAGGCUACCCAAAACAUUUGACCCAAGUUUAAUAAUUUAAAGGCAAUGCUACGAAAUAGUAAUUGAGUGUAUGUUAACUUCUGACCCACUGGGAAUGUGAUGAAAGAAAUAAAAGCAGAAAUAAAUAAUUUUCUCUUAUUCUGACAUUUCACAUUCUUAAAAUAAUGUGUCGAUCCUAACUGACCUAUGAUUGGAAUUUUUACUAUAAUUAAAUGUCAGGAAUUGUGAAACAACUUUGCCAAAUACAUUUAAACUCAGUUUAUGUAAACUUCCAACUUCAACUGUGUGUGUGUAUAUCAUUUUUUGAUUUUUUUGUUAGCCUAUUAUGUCUAUGUAGAUACUAACAAAGAUUAAUUUAUUAUGAGUUCACAAAUGCAUCAAGGCACAUAUACAUCAUAACUGAUGCCAUCACCAACCAAACCUAAAUGGCAAAUCUGUACGUACACAGAGACUGAAAUGCUAUUUAGACGACACAUCAGAGAAUGAAAAUACAAAUGUUUACAGUUAUGAUACAUUUUAUUUUAUUCAUGAAAAUAUAUAUUUUAGAUAAUAUACAGUAUCAUCACUUUAGCUGGCAAUAACAAUAUUGAAACAAUGUUGUUUACCAUGACUAAAUGUGACAAAGCCAAUGCACAUAUAAAGUUUGUUUUUGUUGUUGAAAAAAUUGUAUUAGGUGCCAAAAUAAAGACAUCCUACGAUCUAUGUUUACUGUACCAACAAGACCGGUUUCAAGUAUUUGCCCAGGCUCUUAAUCUUGUUUGUUAAUGUUGAUGUCAUGAGGUAGAACGUCAUGUAUACGAAUAGAGAAACCAUUUGUAAUACUACUGGGAAAACGCAAUACUCUGAUUAGAAAUACUUAUGGGCAAAGAGACAUCUAUUAAUAUAUGGCUCUGCGUAUGGGUAUUCAUUCACAUUAUAUUCUGUGUUCUGUUACAAUGUAGCUGCAUAAUAGUACAGUAAGUGAGUAUAGGACAUACUGUAGGUAGUGGCCUACCAAUAAACACUGGAACCCUUGUUUUUCAUUUUGUGGUAUUUUUAAUCUGUUGUUCAUCAGUGCUUUAUUGAAAAUGUUGGAUAUGAAUGAAUUAUAAAGCACGCAUAUCAAUGCCA